AUGUCCACAGUGGAUGCCCAGUCUUUUGGUCCUCUGCUCAGUGGCAGUAAAUCACCAGCAGAGAGGGCUGAGAAACACAGUACCCACCGCGCCAGGAGAGCCAGCCCGGAUCGCCCGCGGCGCCCUGCGCGGUCCGGAGGGGAGGGUCCUGGAGGAGGGGCGGCCCGAGCCCCAAUCUGGAAAUGCCAACUCCGCUGUGCGGCCGGGCCCCAGCCUAGAAGGAAACGGAAGUCUCUCCGUCUCCCUCAGGCGCACCCACCAGCCCGCCCGUCGCCCGGAGGAGCCCCGAGCCGGGGAACCCGAGAGGAAAUUGAGGCCCAGAGAAGAAAAGUCCCUCCAUGGGUGAGAGAACAUGAGAGACUCCUAACUCUGGGAAACGAACAAGAGGGCUCUGGGGUCGAAAUUCCAUGGUUCCUGAUCCGAGAGAGAAAGUGCGUCCUGCCCUGGCCCUUACAGGGGAUGACUGGAGCUCUCACCUGGCCUCUGCAGACUGCUUUCUGUGAGACAGCCUUUGCCGGCGACGCUCACCCUUACUUGCUGCUGUAUCACACUGGUCUCAUUUGCAUGGUUCUGGAAAGGGCAGCAUUCCUCAAUGGCCACAACUGCUAUGAGACCACCCUCUUCCACAGCUCUUUUCCUCAUAAGGCUCUGUUCCAGAACACCUUGCCAUCCCUUGUGGCUUCCCUUAUUCCUGCCUACAUCUUCCUUCAACUCAUGUCGGAUAAAUCCUUUGAGUGUGCCAAAUGUUUCUUACCAGGACCCUGCCUCAUCCAAGCUGGGCAAGGAGCCACCCUGGACCUGGGGCCAAGAUAG